AAUCACCAACCCGAAGAGAAUCCGGCCCCGUUCGAACUGUUACCGUGUUGUAGUAGACUUGUAGUGUUUAUUAUCCCGCGCGUCCCGCGAGAUUUUUACCUACUAGUUAGUAGUUAGCUACCAUAGGAAGAGAGAGAGAGAGGAGAACUGAAUCUCAAAAUCUCGUUGGCGGCCCCCACCGGCGUUUCACUUUCUCUCUCUAUCUCUCUCGACAGCAAGCAAUCGCCGUCUGGCUUUUGGCCCGCGAGUCCUCCCCACCCUCUCUCCUCUUCCUUUCCUUCUAUCGUUAUAUUCGCUCGCUGGUUGCUUCUCCUUCCCCAUCCCAAUUAACAGUGACCACAAGGUCGCCGGAGGGGAGCGACGGCGGAAGGAUAAGUUUUCGGGGCGGAUUCUAUCCCAGCCGUCGGAAUCGUAGUUUGGCGGAGAGCUGAUUUUCCCCGGUAUCAGCUGAAUCCGCCGUUCGCUGGUCUUUUUUUGUAUCUUUCAGUUGAAGAUAUUCCAUCAAGUUCCCCGGCCAAAGCAGGAGUUGCAGAGGAAAAGUCGGGUGCUUUUGAUGGUUCCCUGUAAGACCUUCGCGAAUCCUGUUGGUGCAUGGUAUACCUAGUCUGGUGGAGGGAGGAAAAUGCUCAGGAAUUGGAAGAAACCCCAUAUCGACCUGAAUUUCAUUUACCAUUUUCGGGGCAUCUAAGGCUGCGGAAGGGUAGUUGAUGGCUUUGCUGUAAGUGGCAACUAUGGAGCAAGUUAUGGAGAAAAAAUAUCCUUUGUGCGCUAAAGAUUACAAGUUGUAUGAAGAGGUUGGGGAAGGGGUCAGUGCCACUGUACAUAGGGCCCUCUGUGUUCCUCUCAAUGAGAUUGUAGCAAUUAAGGUCCUUGAUCUGGAGAAGUGCAACAAUGACCUGGAUGGCAUUCGACGUGAGGUACAGACAAUGAGUUUGAUUGAUCAUCCAAAUGUGCUACGUUCACAUUGCUCAUUUACUGCUGGCCAUAGCCUUUGGGUUGUGAUGCCGUACAUGGCUGGAGGUUCGUGCCUUCAUAUAAUGAAAUCUUCUUAUCCAGAAGGUUUUGAAGAGCCUGUUAUUGCCACAUUAUUGCGGGAGACUCUCAGAGCUCUUGUCUAUCUUCAUUCCCAUGGUUUCAUACAUCGAGAUGUUAAGGCUGGCAACAUUUUAAUUGAUUCUAAUGGUUCGGUUAAGCUAGCCGACUUUGGAGUUUCAGCAUGCAUGUUUGAUACUGGAGAUAGGCAGCGCUCGAGAAAUACUUUUGUAGGAACUCCAUGCUGGAUGGCUCCUGAAGUUAUGCAGCAGUUGCAUGGCUAUGAUUUUAAAGCAGACAUUUGGUCAUUUGGAAUUACAGCUCUUGAACUUGCUCAUGGCCAUGCACCUUUCUCCAAGUACCCACCGAUGAAAGUUUUGCUGAUGACCUUACAGAAUGCUCCUCCAGGUCUGGACUAUGAAAGAGACAAAAGAUUUUCAAAGUCAUUUAAAGAGUUGGUCGCUGCUUGCUUAGUGAAGGAUCCAAAGAAACGCCCCACCUCGGAAAAGCUCUUGAAACACCAUUUUUUCAAACAUGCACGCUCAGUUGACUAUCUUGCCCGUUCCAUUCUUGACGGACUUUCACCAUUAGGAGAACGUUUCAGGAUACUGAAGGCCAAAGAAGCUGAUCUUCUGGUGAACAAGCCUCUAUAUGAGGAUAAAGAGCAUUUAUCUCAGGUUAGAUGGGUCAUGUUGAAAAUAUCAUGUCAUCCUUUCAAUGCAUGCAUCUCUUUGUGUGAUGUUAUUCAAGAGUACAUAAGAGGGAUCAGUGCCUGGAAUUUCAACCUUGAGGAUUUGAAAAACCAGGCUGCUCUUAUACAUGAUGAUGAUGGUAGCAUCGAAGAGAAAGGUAUUAUUGGAAAACAAACUGACAGGCAGGAAAACGAGUUUCUAGAUGGCAAUCCAUCUAUAAAUGCAGCUGACCACAUGACACCUACAAUUAAUGAGGAUGGAAUUGAUGAUCUUCCUGAUUUGGAAAGUUCACUGGAUGUGUUUCCCAUGAAGCCUCUGCAAGCUCUAAAGGGUUGUUUUGACGUUGGUGAGGAUGAUGAGGAUGCCACCACGCCUACUCUUAAAUGUAAUGGUGAAGUAGAAUACGAGCAGCAGGAGCAGAUAUUUAUGAGGCCAACUACAACAGAAAAAGACUUUGAAAGCAAUGGAGUUCAGAAAUAUGGACGGACUAGCUCCUUACCACGCCAUGUCAGUAAUGAGAACAAAAAGGUUUUGAGUGGACCAAUUUUAGCAGAUAGCAGUCAUUCUGAGGCGAGGUCUACAAGUGAGGAAAGCAGGGAUGUCCAAAAGCCAAGGUACCAAUCUGAUCGAAACUAUAGUGGCACUUUACUAUACCGGCAGAAGAGAGAUACCAACAAUAUGUCAUCAGUAGAGGAUGCAGCAGAUGGAGCCAUUGUCCAGCGCAAGGGACGGUUUAAGGUUACUUCUGCUGAUCUCAGUCCUAAGGGUCCCACAAAUUGUUAUUUCAAUCCAGCUGCUUCUCAAGGGUCAACUAGUCCACCAUCAUCCAACCUAACAGCUGCCUCAGUUCUCCCUACACUGCAGUGCAUCUUGCAGCAGAAUGUCAUGCAACGGGACGAAAUCAUGAAACUGAUCAAGUCUGUGGAGCACUCCUCCGCCAAGCAUGGUGAGUCCGUGGAGGCUGCCUCAAAUGACCUUUUGCAGUUAUCUCCGAGGGAAAGGGAGCUACAGGCCCAGGUGUUUGGCCUGCAACAGAGGAUCGCAAGCCUCUUCGACGAAUUGCAGAAGCAAAAGAUGAUGAACAAUCAGCUGGAACGACAAUUGAGUUGUUCAACUAACAAGGAAAGACGAUAACGACUGUCGAUGGUGGCGGCGGCGAUGUUUAUAGCUUUUCGGCAUCAUCCGUGCCUUUCCUCUUCCAGUAGCGAGAUCGGGCGAGUUCGCUUGGGAGGUAUCAUCGGAAGAAGGUGGAAAGGUGAAAAAACAAAGGGUGGAUGGAAUGAUAUUGUAUUUCUAGUGUACCAUAUACAUAUAUAUGAAUUAUGUAAGAUUGGAAAUGGAACAGAAAAGAUGGGAGUGAUGAGAUGGACACCCAAAGAAAAUUUUGAGAUGCCAUAUUUGUAACUUAAAUUGUGUCCCAAGAUAAUGCAAGUAAAGAUUCACUCUGCUUUGGUUUCCUUGGUUUUGGUUGUUUAGCUGUUAAGUCUUGUCUUGUCUCCCACAUGUAUCAUUUGCUGGUUCGUAACUUAUCUUUGGAGAUUCCAUCUUUACAAUCCAAGUGCCAGCCAGCCAUGGUUGGCAGUCUGUGUCUUCCUCUCUUUGUUUCUUCCUUUUUCUUUGGUUUGUUUGUGAUGAUGACAUUAUUCUCAGGCUUUCUAAUUUCUCUGUCCUUAAUGAGUGCAAAACACCAUGAUCUCAUGUUACC